AUGCCAGCAUCAGCACCAGCCCCUCAUCUAAACCAGUGCCCAAUGACCGACGAAGUCCUCAAGGGCAUCUUCGCGUCCGACCAAGACAUGUACCCCGCGCCGCUGACAUGGGACCGCCUCCGGAGCUGGACGACGGCAGCGCCCGAGCUGGCCACUUGCUUCUUCCUCCCUGCCGAUGCCGAUGCCGGGGACAACGGCAGCACCCAGACACUGGUCGGCGCCGUCAUUGCACUCCCGAUCCUCACGUCUGCGUGGCGCGAUUUGCUGACCGGUGAGGUCAAGGAAGUGGAUGUGGAUGCCGAGACUAUGUUCCCCCGCGAUGGUGACGAGCGUUCUGAGGUUGGGCUGCAUGUCUUUCACGUCGAGAGGUUCGAUGUGCCUGAGACGCGUGGCAAGGUGCGAGGAUUCGCCGAGACCUCUAUGCGGGCUGUCAUAACCGCUGCAGAGAGGAAGGGAUGGUCGAUCAUCGGCUAUUCAGCACUCACAGCGACGCCAGAAGGACGAAGAUGCUUUGAGAAAAUGGGCUUCGAGGCGACAGGCUACAAGGAGUUCUGGGUUGACGAUGGCUGCAAAGGUGUCCAACUGGUUACGAUUACAGCGGAUACCGCGCCCGAGGAACGCGAAGUGCGAGAACCGGCGACAGUCCGAGGCCACGCGAGGAUGCUAGCAAAACACUUGCAUCCCGUCGCCGAUGCUUAG